AUGUCUGAUUUUCUUUUUUCAAACUUUUUCUGGCUUUCUUCCUCUUGUAUCACCAGGAGGAAGUGGGUCAGACAUAUGCCUCCUAAACUCCCAAAUUUAAAGUACAAGCCGCGUCGUGUGGUUCGUCCCAAAGAUGAGUUGGACGAAUCCCAGUCCACGGAAGGAAUGGAGGACAUGAGUCUUGUCCAGUUGGAGCGCCUGCGUCUCCAGCAAGAGGCCGCUCUUCAACAACAGCAACAACAACAACAACAAACAUUUGGAGUCGGUACUGCAACACUACACUCUUUACGAGGUGACUCUGCGGCAUCAGUUUUGCCUGUUGAUAGUGCGUCUACCCGUAGAGCGCCUCGAUUACAGUCGGCCCAGAUAGCCGCGAGUCGUGCGGCUGCGUUUUUGGCGCCUGAGGCUGAGCGAUUUCCCGUUGAUACCAUGUCAAAGAUUCUUGAGGUGAGAGCAGAUACGCCUGGCAUGACAGUUUAUCACCCAACACCCCUAGACUGCACACUCCCUGCCCGCUUGAAGCCGUCUGAUGAGGAUUGUUUUGUGGAGGGCGAUGAUCAACGAGUCGAUGCGACCACGCAGGACGACGGUGUCGCAUUCCUUAAGGAAUACGAAGAGGAAUUGCGCCGGUCGAGACUGGCCAAUAUGCGUUUUGAACGUGAGGUGCUCCGUGCUUCUGCCGAUAAAAUUGAUGCAGAAAUUUCUAUGGGUUGUUCCGAUAAAGGUGAGUUUGUGUGGUUUCAACUGCCCCGCUUUCAGGCUGAUCCGCCCUUUUUAUUAACGCAGCUGCCAUCUGGUAAGAUUGGGGAGGUGAAGGUGUAUAAAAGCGGACGUAUGUUGAUGGAGAUUUGUGGUGUUUACUACGAACUUGCGGUCGAAGGUUAUACCGCUGCUGGUGAUGUUGCUUGCAAUGUUGUGGCCGCCGUGACGCCAUCUCAGCAGCCGGAUGAAAAGACGAGCUGCUACCAGCUGGGGCUGUUGGAGAAGAAGAUUGUUUGCACACCGAGUAUCACUUUAGAUAAAUGA